AUGAAAGACGGAUUUGAACCCUAUAAGUUGCAGCCAGGACGGAGGAGAGCAAAUGAGCGCAUGGUGUUCGCGCUUUUGCCAGCACUUCCUGAGACUCCCUGUCAGCACAACUUCGCUCAUUUGAGGCUUCUGGACAUGUCCCGGUCUGCGCCGACAUGCUGGCAGCAGCCCGAAAGUCUGGAUCGCUGCUUUGUGGGAGGCUUUGAGGCUAAAGGGAACGAGAAGGACAGUUUUUUUGGCUCCGCCACUCUGACAGAGUGUGUCUGGUCGUCCCCAGAAUCCCUUGUCCCAACCUUUGCAAGCUGCCGGAUCAUCUGA